AUGGCAAAGCCAGGACUCCGUCGCUCCUCCGCAAGAGGAGGCCGAGGCGGCGCCCGCGGUACUGCUCGAGCACCGGCGAGGCAGCAGAGAUUUUCCAAUCGCGAGGUUGACACCGAGUCUGAAGACGAGCUCCAACAGGAACGCGAACUCGGCAGAGACCCGGAUGAUGCGGAAGAUCUCGAUCAAGACCAAGUGGAGGACAUGGAAGAGUUCGCAUCGUCUCCGGGAUCACAGAAACCUCGAGAAGUGCGCCAGAAGUGGCGCGAAUGCCAUGGCGCCGUCCGCGAAGGAACCAGGGUCCGCAAGAGGACGUGGAACAAGCUUCUGCAGGACACAAACCGCCACUACCACGUCAACCCGGAAAGGCUGCUGGUGGACUUUGGUUUUCGGGUCGAGAGAUCAUUGGGGUUUGAGCCGUCUCCACGGCGCGGUACGCCCCAAGUUUACGACGAUGAGGAGACCGAUAAAUCGCAGGAAUCACCUCUCGCUCGCUGCGCCAAAGCAGCCCAGAGCGCAGAAGACAGGGAAGGCGUAACCAGAAGGCCUCAUGGAUCAUGGCAUGGAUGAGGCCAGGCGUCCAGGUCGGGGCGGGCGCUGAGGAUCUGGCUUCGUACCGGGUAAAGUUUGGCUUCAUGUUGUCUGGUAGCAACCAAUGUAAUAGUGGCUCAAUG